UGCUUCUGUUAUCGGAUUGUCCUUAUCCAAAUCUCCAUUUACAUGCCCAAGGCCUUUCCCAAAACUUGCCCUCCAGCCUCCGGGACUUGUUUCACCAGCGUAUCCUUCUGGUUUUGGUUCAAGUUAUGAAAUGAAGGAAAAAUAAAUAGAAAAGGGAAACCCGAUACGGAGUCUCCUUGCAGGUCUUCUGUGCAAUUCUUUUCUAUUAAGGAGGAUGACAUGGCUGAUAUCUAACAGAACCAGGCAUAAUUAAAAGACCUAUUUUAUGGGUUACUCUUCUGAUCAGUGCUUUUAGAGAUUUUGAAACCCUGGGAAGUUAAACUAUUUGUUGAUGGGUGAAGAAGAAGAAGAAGAAGAAGAACCUAAUCUUCCUUCUACACCUCGCCAUUCGUCGUCUCCUCAAACAACCACAAAAGGAGAGGAUGCUCCUCCUCCUCCACCACAACCAUCUGUUCGAUUCGAUCCCAGCCGAAUGAUUGGCAUUAUCAAAAGGAAGGCCCUGAUUAAAGAUCUAGCUGCUGUAUACCAUGCGGAAUGUCUUUCAUACUGUCAACAACUUUUGGAGCUCCAAAGGAAGUGGGAAGAGCCAGUCGUGGACAGCAAAGCUUUUGAGGAUGUGAGGAAGGAGACAAUAAGGCCACCCAAACGUCUGAAGAAGACCCGUGAGGGAAGAUAGCGCAACCCUUAAAAGGACAUAUAUAUAUAUAUAUAUCACCUUUUGAAAGGUGGUUACAAGUAUAUAUAUAUAGUGCAGCUGUAUACGUGUUGAAUUCUUUUGCUGACAAAGGAAAAUACUUUGCCCUACCUUGCACUUUUGUGACUGCAAUUGUAAUUUUGGGAUUUAUGUACUUUAUUAGGUGUAAUACUUCCUGUUAGAUGUUAUGGUAUGAUAUUUCUUUGUACAA